GAAUAUACAGAAAGUGCAAAUAAAGAGUGUUUAUUAAUAAUCAAUUGAUUCCAAAAUUAUUGAAGUGAAAAGAAGGUAAAGGGUAAAAUGCCUUUGUUUUCAUGUCUCAUCGUCAUCAUUAUUACCAUCAGCAUAAUCAUAAUCGAAUGAAAUGCUAAUCAUAUUUAAGAAAGUUCAAAUGUUUAUGUGAGAGCGACGAAGAAGAUCAUCUGAAUCUUUAAAAGUUGAAAGUCAAGUUUCAUGAGGAUGGCGAUUUGAAUGGAGCUACAUCAUAUCUUUUUUACCUUCACACAAUUCACUAAAUAAUCAUCAGCAUCAUAUUGCUGUUACCAUCUUCUGUUCUUGGGUCAACCACCAUUUUUGUUUUGAAAAAAACUUUGCCCUUAUAACUCUGUGUUAGCAGUUAACUUUUAUUUUCUGUUUGUUUAAAAUGAUACGGCAACGUAAGGAAACAAACAAGAAAUCAGCUGGAGACUCUACCCAAAAACAAAGCAAACAAAGUGGUGGGAUUGACCGAGAUUUAAAUCAAGUCAGGUCAUCUGCUAACAGUAAAUUGGAUUCCUGCAUAAAAUCUCGCUUAAAUUUGAUCACUAGUCUAUUGUCAGUUGUUUUAGUUUUAACUGCCUUUAAUUUGGGAAUGGUGUACAAAAUGAAUUCCGAUGGGUCCAUAGACAUUUCCAAAUUGGAUUCAAUCCUGACUGACGAGGAAGCAUCUUUGGUUGGUAAAAACUCAACCCAAGUUCGUCAAGCAUUAUUGACCAGUGGCAAGCCAAGAGUUUGGAUAAUUGGAAGAAAUAUGGAGUCUGGCUAUCUUCGUCACGUUAUUGAAUCAUUGGACCGUAUUGGUUAUCAACGAGUAGAUGGAUUCAAUCAAGAAUGGGAUGUUUUGUGGUCUCAUGAUUACCCAUUUGGUAAAGAAUUUUUCACUUCUCUCCGGCCACACCAAAAGGUUAACCAUUUUCCUGGUUCUGGUUACAUUACUAACAAGGUUAGUCUUGCAACAACAUCUAUGGAUCAUAUACCGAAAGCUUUCCAUUUACCUAAAGAAAAGGACAAGUUUGUUGAAUAUGCUAAAAAUAAUCCUGAUCGUCUUUGGGUCAAGAAGAGUAACAAUCAUCGAGGAAUUUGGAUAGAAAAGAUUGACGAAAUUAAUUUAGAUGACAGUGGACACUUUGUACAAGAAUAUAUUCAAAAUCCUCUUCUUAUUGACGGAAAAAAAUUUGAUAUUGGUUUGUAUGUCAUUCAAACUUCCAUCAAUCCUCUCAGAGUUUACAUUUAUGAUAAAGACGCACUCCUCCGGUGGUGUGGAAACAAAUACAAUCCAUUCAAUGCCAGUGAUUUUCAGUCUUAUGUUGUUGGAGAUGAUUAUACACCGAUCUGGGAGAUGCCAAGUUUGAGCAAAUAUUUUACCGAACUGAAUUACAACAUGAAGCAAACUUUAAAUAUCUAUCUCAAGUCAAUUGGUAAAGACCCUGAAAUGAUGUGGAACCGAAUUGAAGAAGCAAUUACGAAUGUUUACAAAGAGAAAGAUGCAUCAAUGGCAAGACUUUCUUCGAUGACUUUUCCCGAAUCAAAUCGAAACUUUUUCGAGAUGGUUCGAUUUGACUUUUUAGUGGAUGAAGUUCUCAAUGUUUAUCUCAUGGAAGCUAACAUGUCUUCCAACUUAUCAUCAGCUCAUUUUGCUCCAAACAAAUUACUUUAUGAGCAAGUAUACAAUUUAUUCUCUCUGGUGGGACUAACUCGAUUAGAUGGAUUCGAGGAUUGGCCCCAAUACGAAUCUGAUUCCUGGAAUCUUCGAGUCGCUGACAAAGAUCUAGCUGUUAAUGAAGAUUCAUGCACAUCGGAAGAGUGCUUCAUGUCAUGUCGUUCUGAAGUUUGUCGAACGUGUUACAUGUGUUUAUCAGAUAGUCUCAAAUUGAAUCUCAAAGAUUCUUAUUUGGAGCAUAGUUCAAAAUGGAACUCUAAAAGAUUAAUACCAUCAACGAAAAAUAACUCAGUCAAUCCAACUGAUACAAUAAAUCAAAUCCAAGCAGACUGGUUCAAAGGUAAAUGUGCUAUAAAUAAAGAGUGGUGCACAUGAAACCAUCAGUGAGUUAUUUUAAAAAUCAAAAAUCACGCCUUUUAUAUUGUUGAAUGAGAUCGAAUCAAACCUUUCAAUAUCGUUAGAAUCAUUAUAUGAUUGUUAAAGUACUUGUCCAACUUGCAUCGUUCACACUAGUUAAAAUUAUUGUUUUUAAGUGACAAUCAUCAAUUAAAAUGCCCAUAAUUGUUUAUUGAUCAA